AUGGUGGCAGAGGACGACGAGGACGAGACCGCCAGGACAGGGCCUCACAAGGCCAGCCUGGAGGACGAGUUCUUCAGGCAUCCGCACACCGGGGCGCACAUUCGCAACCCCUUCAAGGAGAACAAGAACCGCGGCCUGCCCAUCACUCUGCAGCAAGAUGAGUUUUCUCACAACAGCCUCCACGACACCCUCAAGGACUGGCACUGCGUGACGAUUUCCGAGUCGAGCCUCCGGGAGCUGACGGCCGGCGAGGCCCCCGCCGCGGAGGCCCCCCGGCGGCCCGCCACGACCUCGGCGCUGCAGCGGGCCGCGCUGGGCAGGCUGCGGAAUCUGCCCCACUCGUACGAGUUCAGCGUGAGCCUUCGGAAGUCGCAGUUCCAGGGCGCCGGCCGCGGCCGGCGGCGGAAGGAGGAGAGGCCCACGCUGGGCAUCGCGAUCGACAAGGUUAACAUCGAGGUGUCCGAGGUGGCCGGCGCCGCACUGCGCGUCGACCAGAUCACGGAAGGCCUGAUGGCCACGUGGAACCGCACCUACCCGCCGCUGCAGGUGCGGCUGCAGGACGAGAUCAUCGGCGUCAACGGGCGCGUCGGCGACUCCGCGGCCAUGCUCGAGGAGCUCCGGGGCGCCGACGACGCGCUGCGGCUCACGGUGCGCCGCGCGCCGCAGCGGGAGCUCGUGGCCAGCAGGUCGGCCCACUCCGCUACGCCGGCAGCUGGAUGA